AUGCCUGAUCCAUUGGAUACCAGCUGCCUGACAGAAGAUAAUGAGCAGUCUCGACAGCAACGUAUCGAAGAGGACGUCGAACCAUUUGUUUGGCCUCUGGCGACAGAUUCCGCUUCCAAACUUACAAAUAAACUGCGCCGUUCCAGUCAACCAGAUAUUUUUGAACGUUGUUUGAGCACCCUGUCAUUUGGCUCUUUAAGCAGAAGAAAUUCAAGAGUGUCGAUGUGUACGGCUCUUAAUAAACUCAACAAUGCAAGACUGAGCUCUGUGGCUUCCACAGACUCACAGCGGUCUAUUGCGCUCCACCAUAGCACUGAAGACUUUAUUCCACCCGUCUUGGAUCACUCAGCAGAGAUCUUGACCAACCCUCAGAUAGACUUUAGCGAGGUCAGCGUCGUAUGUUGCGAUUGCGAUGGUGAAGGAAAGAAACUCAAGCAUUCCGAGAAGGCAGAGUGUUCAAAUCGCUCUAGUGAGAAGAAAACAGCAUUGAGACCUCGUCAGAGGUCAAGAUCAAGAUCAAGAUCAUUCAUAUGCAACUCUCUUUUAAAAGCAUUGGCACUGGAAGAAGACGAAGAAGAAACGGAUGUUCGCGAGGAAGAUUCCGAAUCCGUAGAAGAGUGUUCUCCUGAUUCAGAGACAAUUAAUUUUUACUCAUUCAAUGAUAUCCUCAACCGCGAGAAGGAUCUUGAAAAAUUUAAUACGUUCCGCAUGAGUAAGUUGCUCACAUGA